AUGACUUCCACAUAUCCAACAGACGGCAACACCGGCGAGAAGAACGGCGGACCACCGGGAAAACCAAUGGGGUUGGGGACAAUGAUGCUGGACAAAGGAGCUAAGAUGCUUCAGUCAUUAAAACCCAUCAAGGAAAUGAGUCAACAUGCAUGUACUUUUGCUUCGUAUAGCCAAGACAUGUCUCGUCAAAUCGAGACUCACCACUUCGUCACACGAAUCAACCAGGAUUUUCUUCAGUGUGCUGUUUACGACUCCGAUGACUCCUCUGGCAAACUCAUUGGCGUCGAAUAUAUAGUUUCGGAUCGUAUUUUUGAUACUUUGCCACCCGAUGAACAGAAAUUGUGGCACUCUCAUGCUUAUGAGGUGCAAUCAGGGCUACUAGUGCAUCCAAGGGUUCCGGAAAUGGUAGCGAAACCAGAGCUGGAAAACUUAGCCAAAACAUAUGGCAAGUUUUGGUGCACGUGGCAAACCGAUAGGGGUGAUAAGUUGCCGAUCGGGCCACCAUCGCUAAUGACGUCGCCCCAAGAGGAAGUCGAAUGCAGGGUGAAACCCGAGUUGGUGAAAAAGAGAGAUGACAAGUACAACAUUUCAACCGAUGCGAUUCGGGGGUCGAGAACUGAUAUUAUGGGGCCAGGGAGGUUGCAUGGAAUGGCUGAUUACUGGAGAGAGCACAAAAACUGUUUUGCCGUCGAUGUUGAAAGGGCCGAGAUGAAAAAGCUGACCGUGUUCCCAUGA